CAAAGCCCGGAUGGAGGAGCAGCAGCCAUUGGGGAAGUGUAUUGGGCUUUAACAUUACUGAGGAGGACUCUCUCUCCCAUUCUGGAAUACAAAAUAGACUAAUUGACGGCGAGCGAGGAUAGAAGUAUAACACGGAUUCAAAGGCCCACACGACACGACGUAACAUUAACUUGAGGAACCACAACCAGGAUCCGGCUGCUUUCGGACUCGGUCUCUGAGGCGACAGACGUGAACUGUAGAAGUUACAGCUGAGCUAGCCAUAGCCACUGACGCUAAGCGGCGCAGCUAGCCACACACAGCUAACUGUAACUGAUCUGUGAAGUUGCUUUCAAAUCACGGGGCUUGGAAUCCAGUCACAAGCUCAGGCUCUGUGAGAAUCCAGGGACUUGCUUCAUGAAUUAUGUCUGCCACAAGCAUUGACCCUCAGAGAUCAAAGGGACAAGCAUCUAAAGUGCAAAAUGGUUCACUGCAUCAAAAGGAGACUGUCCAUGACAAUGACUUUGAACCUUACCUCACUGGUCAAUCAACUCAGAACAACAGUUACCAGUCCAUCACCGACCCCUACCUGUCCAGCUACUAUGCCCCCUCCAUUGGAUUUCCGUACCCCCUCAGUGAGGCUCCCUGGUCCACAGGUGGGGACCCCCCUAUUCCGUACCUCACCCCCUAUGGACCCCUGAGUAAUGGAGACCAUCAUUUCAUGCCGGACACAGUCUUUGGCCAGCCAGGGGGCCUGGGAAGCAACAUCUACCCCCACAGGUUUAACUUUUUCCCUGAAAAUCCUGCCUUUUCUGCUUGGGGCACAAGUGGCUCCCAGGGGCAGCAGACUCAAAGUUCAGGCUAUGGUGGCAGCUACAGCUAUCCUCCCAGCUCCCUUGGGGGCACCUUGGUGCCUGAUGGUCAGACAGGCUUUCAUAGUGACACCCUCAACAAAGCCCCCGGUAUGAACAGCCUGGAGCAGGGCAUGGUUGGCUUAAAGAUUGGAGGGGAUGUCACUGGCCAGGGGUCUGGUGUCAAGGCUGUGGGAUCUGUGAUUGGCGGUCCAACAGUGGCAGCCACCGGCAAUGGAGCCACACCCAUUGGCAUGCCCCCACCCAAACCAACCUCCUGGGCCGCCAUUGCCAGCAAACCUGCCAAGCUACAACAGCUGAAAUCUAAGGUAAAGCCAGGGAUGCCCAAUCCUGGAGGUGCUCUGCCUCCGCCACCCAUUAAACACAACAUGAACAUUGGGACGUGGGACAAAGGCCCGGUGACUAAAGUAGCCACAUCUCCAAUGCAGCAACAGCAGCAGCCUCUUGGCCUGCCUCAUGGUAUUCCACCUCAAGCCUCCAUGCAGCAAGGACCCAUGCAGCCUCUCCCUCCUCAGUCUUUGGUGCAGUCCCAGAUGCAACCCAUGGCCUUACAGCCUCAGCCCCCCCAUCACCAGCACCAUCAACCACCACCUCAGCUCUACCAAAACCACACCCAGCCCCCACAACCCCAGACCCGCUGGGUUGCCCCGCGCAACCGUAAUCAAGGCCAAGACAGUAGUGGUAUGGUGGGUGUGGUUGGAGGUGGCAACAGCGGUCCCCAUCCUUCUGCUGGCCAGGGACCGGGUGGAGAGUCCCAUCCAGUGCUGGAGAAGCUACGUGCCUCCCACAGCUACAAUCCCAAGGACUUUGAAUGGAACCUGAAGAAUGGUCGUGUUUUCAUCAUUAAAAGUUACUCUGAGGAUGAUAUCCAUCGCUCCAUCAAGUACUCCAUCUGGUGCAGCACAGAGCACGGCAACAAGCGGCUGGACUCAGCCUUCCGGGCCAUGAAUGGCAAAGGUCCUGUGUACCUGCUGUACAGUGUCAAUGGCAGUGGUCAUUUCUGCGGUGUGGCAGAGAUGCAUUCACCAGUAGACUAUGGCACCAGUGCUGGUGUUUGGGCACAGGACAAAUGGAAGGGCAAGUUUGACGUAGAAUGGUUGUUUGUCAAGGAUGUGCCUAACAGCCAGCUGCGCCACAUCCGCCUGGAAAACAACGACAACAAGCCAGUGACCAACUCCCGCGACACCCAGGAGGUUCCUCUGGAGAAAGCCAAGCAGGUGCUUAAGAUCAUCGCUACCUACAAACACACCACCUCCAUCUUUGACGACUUCUCCCAUUACGAGAAGAGGCAGGAAGAGGAGGACGAGGUGCGCAAGACCUUUGAACCAGCUCAGAUACAAAACCGCUCACGAUUGGAUCAGGAGCGUCAAAACAGGAAUAAACAGUAGAGGACAUUGAUCCUUGGCUUGAUCAACAGUUACACUAGGACUUUUGAUUUAAGAGACAGAAGAUUAUGACAUUGCAACCAAGCCCUUCAUUUUUUUCUCUGUUUAAUCCCAGUGAAUCUCUGCCAUUGUCAAGACUUGUGCUUUUUUGCCCCCAUAUUCCACCCACCUCUUGUGCAGGGAUAACAAGCUGAUCUAAUGAAUUACCAAUCCACCACCAUACACUUGAGUUCAUUGUUUUAUAUUUCUGUUCCCCGUCGUUCUCGUACUCUGCUCUCACCUUCUUUCCAAUUGAAUCAGAGUUUGACUGCAACAUGGAGAAAAAAAUCUGUCACUUGAUAUUUUAGUACAAUCAGAACAUAUGUGUCCUGCCCCUUUUUGUCCAUUUGGGGGCAGCAUUGCCAUGCUUCAGAGUUAAAACCGUGCCAACAGGGUUGGAGGAUCCCAAAGGCAAAUGUCAGACUUGGAUCUGUGCGCUAAUAAAACCUUGAUUUAUCUAUUUUUCAUUCAGAUUAACAAAAUUUCUAUUUUUUGGCUGACUAUUGACAAUUUGCAUUUCAGAAAUCUGUUUUUUCUGGAGCCUUAAUGGUUUUUUUUUUCUAAUUAUUGGUGACUUCUCAAAUGGACUGCUCAAAACUGCUGGAGAAAUCAGGGAUAGUGUGAAGUCACACACGGCUGGAGACAUUUCAAAGGAGGAACUGCAAAGGCCUCUGGGAAAGGAAAUGGUGGCCGUGUCCUCCACAGCCAGAACUCUCACGAUUGAAAUGAAAAUAAUUGUACUAAUGACGUCCUUUCACACCCCUCUGCUUGGCCUUCUGUUAGUGUUCUGUCUGUGUGUUUCAUCAGGAGAUUGCUUGCGUCUGAGAGAACUGAGAGAAACUUCCACCGUUUUACAUCAUUUUUAUCUUCUAUUCAGAAUGAAUUAUUAUGGGUUUGUGUCACAAACUGGGAGGUUUCACACAUUUGUCCAUUCACCGUCAUUGUUUUUUCCCUUGAAUUCAGUCUCGCUAAGUCUAUCAUGUUGGUCAUAAUGAUAAGCUUUAACGUAGGAGCCUAUAUAUUCAUGGAGAAAGCCUAAAAAAAUGUAUAACCUAAAAAUUAAUGUAACUGAUUUACUAUGAAGUAAGAAAAAAUUACAAAUGAAAAGUGGUUUGUGUGUUUUUUUGUCAGUAGAUUGAAUCCACUGAUUAUGAUACGGUUCAGUCAUCUGAGGGAUGUUCAUGCAGAGAAGAAAGUCAAUGGAUGUGUGUGUGCCGUGCCUGGCAGAACUGCGGUGUUAAUGUUGAGAGUGUGGUCAGUGGUGAUGUUCACUCUGUUGUUGUGUUGGUCGUAUCAGGGCAGAUUCUCUCGGUUCAUCUUUUUGUUUUAACAAUCACUGUGUUCCUGCUUUGAAUUGAGGUCAGGAUAUGUUCUCACACUUUUAUUUAAAAUGGGACAUUAUAUGCUAUUCUAUUGCAUUGUGGUGAAUUAUCAUCACACCAGCAAACAGAUCAGUGAUAAAUGUGUUGUUAAAAUGACGUGUUUCAUGUUGUUUGAACAAUAAACUUAUUUUAACAACAUACGAUAGUUAAUUGUGAACAAUAUACUUACAAAGUUCUUACCAUAAACCUAUAUUGUAAGAAAUGUAUAAGUAUAUUGUUCUAACAAUUACGUUGUAAGGUGAAACAUGUAUAGUUUAACAAUAAACCUGUCAUGUUAUAUAACAUGAUACUGAUCUGUGUUGCACUUCUGAAAUGUCUCGUGCGAGUCACCAGAACGUUCUCUUUUGUGCACCCAGAUGGCCACAAGGGGGGGCUUUCCCUUUUCAGUCAUCUUAUUUCAGAAGAUCGUUUUAAGAUGCCUUGUCUUUAAAACUCAAAUUACACAAACAUGACGGGUUUUUACACGUGUGAACAACGGCAUGAACACACUUUGGUGUUAUACUGCAGCUGGUGUUAAUUAUAGAUAUUAUUGCACUGCUGCUUCUCCUUCAGCAUUAAUAUCACGUCACAUGAUCGCUCUCACAUCCACUUUUCUUAUUGUGCGUUAUUGAUGAACAUCUUCACUCUUUAGAUCUGUUUUUUUUUAUCUGUUUCUCUCACUCGUCCAUUUAUUUCACCCAGUCUGUCCUCCAUGUUUUUUUGUGUUAUUUUCUGUCUAAUGCUGAUUCAGUCGUGGACUUUCCUGACUUAAUGUCAAUGAAUGUGAGUUUAAAUGGAUGACAUGGAUACUGACAUGGUCUGGACCAGUGAUCACCAACACUUCAUGUAUCCAUAUGAUCAUGAUAUCAUUUAUAAAAACUGUGAUAAUAAUUGGAGUUAAGCACUGGAAUUCAUGUGUGUGCAAUGGAAUGCACACUAUUCAAGAUUUAAAUGGUAAACUGCCUAAAAUGUUACUAUGGUAACCCUCCGUAUUAUUCUGUACCCUUCAGGGAGCUCUCAGUCUCUAAAGGGUUGGUGACCCCUGGUCUGACUAACGCUCAUGACCUUUUCAAGGUUGUGUACUUGAUCUUGAUCUUGUGAGGAAGUGAUGAUGAGCUGGCAGCGGUCGUUUAGUGUUGGUGUGAACUCGACACUUCACUGGCUGUUGAGUGUCUGUAUUGGUCCAAUACUGGUCAAAAUAACAGAAAUAAGAACAUCAUAAUAAUACAUUUUAUUUAUAAGCGCCUUUCCAACACUCAAGGACACAAAACAAACAAAGAACAGGACAACACAGUAAAUGGAAAAUGGAGUGUGUGUUCUGAAGAGGUGGGUUUUGAGUCAUAACAUCAUGUAUGAUAGAAAAACAAUAAGUAAAGACUGCAGGGAUCAAGCUGUAUGAGUUCUAAACAGAUGUUUGUGAUAGUGAUGGUGUGAUAUUAUAGGUUCAGAGUCUCCAUUUCCUUGUUCUCACCUGUAUGAAUCAAUAGCUCGGUUGAUCACACGUUUGCCUUCAACAUCACUGCUCUCUCCAUCCAAACAAGAAGCUCUGAAGGACGACCAGCGCCGGCUGUCUUCAUCUCAGGAAGCAUGAGCAGAGGAGGUGGAUGUUAGGCCGUAUCCGUGACAUGAUGCGCCUCAACACUACAAGAGGAUUAGUGACAUGAGAUCCUGCUGUAGAAACACUGAUCGUAUACAUGUUUCACAUCAUAACUUUGUUUCAAAGAGUUAAAAGAGUUAAUCAAGCCUUAAUAAACUGUCCAUUAAGAAAUGA